AUGCAAUUUCCUAUCGACGGCGGUCGCGCAAAACGUUCGCCACAAAACGACGAUGAAAGUCAACUGAAAGACGAGACACGCAUAUACGUAUAUCCUUGUCGUACAUUUCGCAUGGCGGCGGCACCGCGAGCCGCCGUCUCACUCAUCGACCCGACUCCCGAGAGCCAGGGCCCAGAAGAGGAAGGCAAGCGUGCAUCGUGCGCGUCAUGUGCAGAUAUCGGUGCAGGCGGCGGGCGGCGGGCGGCAGCGCGGCCCCGCCGAUGUGUGUCAGUGGGUCACGGCAAUGACGACGCACACGGCCGCGCACCGCACUUCAUUCUAAUUCCGCUUCGCCGCCGCCAACGCUGCUCACUGCUCAUCGCUUCCCUACCCGUUCUAUCACCUCUUGCAACAACUCAUUGUUUAUGCCCGUACGCAUCGCAACAGAAACACACUAAUCAUUGGUCUUAUGGUGCGAAUGUUAAACAUUUCUUAUUAUUACGUGCUACACGGGAGCAAAAAGCGUAUAGUAUUCGCUAG